AUGGACACUGUCAUGGGAGCCAGCUUGGCCACCACCGGACAUGGGCCCCGUACAGAGCUGGACGACGAGGACUACUACCCCCAUGGCGGCUGGGACACCCUCUUCCUGGUGACCCUCCUACUCCUGGGCCUGCCAGCCAACGGGAUGAUGGCAUGGCUGGCCGGCUCACAGGCACGGCAUGGAGCGGGCACACGGCUGGCGCUGCUUCUGCUCAGUCUCGCCCUCUCUGACUUCCUGUUCCUGUCUGUGGCAGUUUUCCAAAUCCUGGAGAUCCAGCAUGGAGGGCACUGGCCUCUGGGGACAGCAGCCUGCCGCUUCUACUACUUCCUGUGGGGCGUGUCCUAUUCCUCAGGCCUCUUCCUACUGGCCGCCCUUAGCCUGGACCGCUGCCUGCUAGCACUGUGCCCACGCUGGUACCCAGGGCGCCGCCCGACUCGCCUGCCCCUCUGGGUGUGUGCAGGGGUCUGGGUGCUGGCCACACUCUUCAGUGUGCCCUGGCUGGUCUUCCCCGAGGCCACUGUCUGGUGGUAUGACCUUGUCAUCUGCCUGGACUUCUGGGACAGUGAAGAGCUACCGUUGAGGAUGUUGGAGAUCUUGGGGGGCUUCCUGCCCUUCCUCCUACUGCUGGUUUGCCAUGUGCUCACCCAGGCAGCUGUCUGCCAGUCCUGCCACCACCAGCCCAGGUUCCUGGCCCAACGCGGCUUUGCCCGAGUGGCCAAGACCAUUCUGUCUGCCUAUGUGGUCCUGAGGCUGCCCUACCAGCUGGCACAGCUGCUGUACCUGGCCUUCCUGUGGGACAUCUACCCCGGCUACCUGCUUUGGGAGGCCCUGGUCUACUCUGACUAUUUGAUCCUGCUUAACAGCUGCCUGAGUCCCUUCCUCUGCCUCAUGGCCAGCGCCGACCUCCACAUCCUGCUCCGUACAGUCCUUUCCUCCUUUGCAGCAGCUCUCUGCGAGGAGCGGCCCGGCAGUCUCACACCAGCUGAGCCACAGGCCCAAGUGGACGUCGAGGGCCAGACGCUGCCAGUACCCAUGACUGAGACCCAGCCACAGGCAAACCCCACAGCCCGGCCACCAUUGCAUCCCAUGGCCUUGUCACCGGCAAACCCCACAGUCCAACCACAGUUGGAUUCUAUGGGCCAGCCUCAGGCAAACCCUGAGGUGCAGACCCCUGGCCUCACUGCCCACUCAGCCCCCAGUCCUGGUGAUGAGCCCUCUCUUGCCCCAUCCACAGAUCCCGCACCAGGGACUGCUGAAAAUCCAGUCAUACCCACCACCUCUGAGGGGGAAAGCCCUAGCAGUGAGCCCCCAGAAGAGGCCCUCGGGGCAGACCCCACGUGA